CUUCAGCUGCUCUCCGCGAGUUGGCUAUGACAGUGGCGACGAAGAUGAGAUUGUGAUCUCCUGGUGCUGCCUGGAACGUCCCCUGUGAGGCUCUGUUCUCUACCGUAUAUCAAAUGCCUGGAGUCGGCAAGCUUGAGCCGUUCGACGUGGGAACAACCAGCUGGGAUGAGUAUCAAGAGCGUGUAGAACAAUUUUUCAUAGCCAACGACGUCGAAGAUGAAAAAAAGCGAGCAGUACUUCUCACCUGUUUGGGACCGGCCACGUAUUCAUUACUGCGGAACCUGCUGUCACCGUCGAAGCCGUCAGAAACAAGGCUGUCAACGAUCCUUGACGUACCGAAGAAGCACUUUUCGACGAGAUCAUCGGAAGUGGUGGCAACGUUCAAGUUUAAUUCAAGAAUACGUCAUUCUGGUGAAGCGGCUGGGGUUUUCUUCGCUAGCCUGAACAAACUUGCUGACGAUUGUGCUUUCGGCUCGUUUCAAGACAGAAUGCUUCGUGACCGCAUUGUGGCAGGCGUCAACGACGAGGCAAUGAAGCGACGACUGUUGGAGUUACCUGAUUUGACCCUUGAUACCGCAAAGAAGAGAGUUAUCGCGAUGGGAGCGGCGAACAAAGAUUCUCGCGCGCUGUCAACAGCCAUGCCAAUGACUGUUGCGCCGACGAAUGCCGUGUCACGUGAUACAGGAAAGCAGAAGCAUAAACCAGUUUCAUAUUUCCGCUGCGGAGGCGAGCAUCUGGCGACGCAGUGUCGACAUGCAAGCAGCGUCUGUCACAAGUGUCGAAGCAAGGGGCACCUGGCGCGAGUAUGCAAGGGCAAGGCAGUUACAGUGACGAGCGCAGGUGGUUCAGCGUUUUUUUCCCGGAAGCAUCAGUCAAUCCAUGCCGUAGCCGACGAAGAAAGCCGCUCUGAGACACCGGCACCGCAAGUCUACGAAAUGUGGCAAGUGCGCGCACCGGAUCAUGACGGUAGCCCGUACAGGGUUGAGGUGUCCGUGAAUGGAACUUCACUCAUUAUGGAAAUUGACACGGGAGCAAGUGUGUCUCUCGUGUCGGAAGAGACCUUUCGCCGCAUAUUUCCGUCGCGUCGUCUGGAACCGUCAAGCGUCAUGCUGAAAAGUUACACCGGUGAGCUGUCCCCGGUGCAAGGCAGCCUGCCUGCGACUGUACGACUGGGAAACCAUGAGUGCCGGGACGUGUUGUACGUCGUCCCAGGGCGCUGCCCGUCCCUUAUGGGGCGUGGCUGGAUAAAAGGCCACAGAAUCGAGCUGCGCAAUAUGAUGGACGUUAAGGCUAUCACGUCGGUUGAGGGACUGGUCGCUGAGUAUGCGAGUGUUUUCGACGACGCCUUGGGAACAUUCAAGGGAGUGUCCGCGAAAAUAACCAUCGAAUACAACCCGAAGCCGCGGUUCUUCAAGGCUCGUCCUGUUCCGUUCACAAUGAUCGACCGCGUCAACGAGGAACUGAUGCGCAUGGAACGAGUUGGAGUGCUGCGUCCAGUCAAGACUUCGGAAUGGGCUGCGCCUAUCGUGCCUAUCUUGAAGCGAAGUGGCCAGAUUCGGAUAUGUGGCGACUUCAAAGUCACUGUUAAUCCCGUGACAGUGCCUGAAAAAUACCCGUUACCACGCGUCGAAGACCUGUUUAGCCGUCUUAGCGGUGGCGAGAAGUUCAGCAAAUUGGACUUGAAGGAUGCGUAUCUGCAAGUUGAACUGGACGAGGCAUCCCACAAGCUGGUGACUAUCAACUAA